AUUUUACAUACCGGUAAGUAUUUCUUUCCUACACACUCAAUGUUGUUGAAACAUGAUGAUCCAAUAUUAAGUUGCUUCUGAAGGAUUACAUAUCAGUUGACUUAGAUCAUCUGGGCUUUCCCAAAUUGUUCAAAGACAAAAUAUGUAAACGUUUCACUUUACAGAAAGUCCUAAAAAAAAUCCUAUAAGAUCAUGUUAUUCUGGCAUUUAAAAAGAAACGUAAUGUUUGUAAAACAGUAAAUGUUUCAUCUUAUUUCAUGUCAGUGAGGAAAAGGAAUAUGGAUUCCUGGUCUUUACUGUCAUUUCCAUACUGAUUUCCAUACACAGGAAGAAAAGCAGGUAAUUUAAGUCAUGACUGUCACAAAGUGCCCACCACAAACUAUUCAGAGACAGCUUCAAACAUGCUUUGCACAGCUGUCAAAGAGGUUUAAUUCAGAAGUUAAUUUUUAGUAGCCCCUAUUAUUGCUGAACAUAGGACUCAGAAAACACAAGCUUCAUAGCAGCCAUGGGAAAUGUCAUAAAGCUAAUGAUUCUUGCAGGACUUUGUUCUCUUUGUCUCUGUGUGUAUCAGUACCAAUAUGUCUUGUUUCAAACUCCAAAAACCUGGACCGAUGCGCAGAGCUACUGCAGGGAAACAUGUGUUGACCUGGCCACCAUGGAAGACAUGAAUGAGAUGGAAAUGGCUCUUCAAAGUGUUGGAGAUGACUACAGUGAUGCCGUAUGGAUUGGGUUGCACAAAGGAAGCGACCCAAAGUGGCACUGGUCUCUGGCAGACAAAGAUUUCUACAAAGAUGGAGAAAAACAUUAUCUAAUAUGGAGCUCGUUAGGUGACAACAACUGUGGUCUUUACGGUUCUGGAAAACUUUCUACAAUCUCUUGUGUCUAUGCCAAAUAUGCAGUCUGCUUUGAUAGCUCAGAACAGGGAGCAGCUCAGUACAUCCUCACUCCAAAACCGAUGACUUGGACCGCCGCUCGAGAUUUCUGCAGACAAAACUACACAGAUCUGGUCAGCUUGAGGAACGAUGCAGAAUACAAGACAGUCCAGGAAGUAGCCAAUGGGAAAUCCGUAUAUGUUGGCCUCUUCAGAGACCCCUGGGUUUGGUCAGACCUGACUGACUCUUCUCUGAGGUACUGGAGGGAAUCCCAAGAGAUAAAUGCACUAAGCAGUGAAUAUUGUGUUGCCAUGCUGAAGAAUGAAUCUGGCAAAUGGGGAGACAGGGACUGCACAGAAAUGCAGCCUUUCCUCUGCAAAUGCAGAAAAUCUAAUGUGCAGUUUGUGAAACUGCGGCUCAGCCUGCAGGACUCAACUUUAGAUCUGAAUGACCCUGCAGUGCAAAACAGCAUCUUGGAGAAAAUGAAGCAAAGGCUGAGUGAAAAUGUGAAUGAUGUCAUCCAUCUUAACUGGAAAAAUCACUCAGAUGGAAGAGUUUUCAUCAAGGAGACAGAGGAUCACAACCCAUGAGAGGAAUACAGGAUGACUGCUAAGAUUCUGACCUGACGAUGUAAAAGUCCACCAACCAGGGUGGUAACAAAAAAAACAUUUAGCUGUUGCUGAUAAAGCUUUAAUAAGAAUUUUUUUCCAGAAAAAAUACCUAAUUUUGGAAACAAUGUGAUAAUUAUUCUAAUUAUUGUUGUUGUUAAAUAUCAGAAAAAAUAAGAAUGCAGAAACUUAUCCCAAAAACUUGUUUCAAAGCAUUAUUACUAAAUGGUUUAAAACAAAAUCUUUUUAUUCCUUGCUGUCCAUUUGUCUUUUAAGAAGAACAGAAGGUUAAUUUCAGAUUUUUAUGAACCUCACCUACCGGAAUUACUAACGUAAUAAGUUUCUUUAUUGUUAUUUUCUAUGUUCUUCUAAAGGAUGCAUUAAUCUUCAAGUCAGUUUAACUAUUUAGCCUAUGAUUAUGUGAAUUUAUAUUCUACUAUUUGUUCUUUUGCUUGAGAAACUGCUUGUUUUCCCAAUUAAAACCCCAAAUCCAUUGCAGACACCUGUGAUUUUCUGACAGAAAAAAAACAAUCAGCAACAUUUCAUUCGCUUCUGAGGGGAAAACAA